AGUGUGCUGCAGAUUCGGAGCUAUUUGACGUGCGGCUCCGGGAACGCGAAGGUUUUUUUUCCGUCCGUCGCGCUGGGGCCGGUGCGGUGGUCCCGGUCGCCCCUGCCCGGCUUUGCGCGCUGCGGUGCUCGGCUCUCCUCCCUCUCCCCCCCUCCCCGGCCCAGCCCUUCCCGUCCCCACCCCCGCCCUGCCCGGCGCGCUCCCCCAAAUGAGCGGUUCGCCCGCUGGAUCUAACGCCAGGACUUCGCCCAGCAGCAGCAGCAGCAGCAGCAGCAGCAGCGGAGGCCAGAGCGCGGCGGCGGCGUCCACCUCUCCUCCGGCCGCCCAGGCUCCGGGAGCCGCGCUCUCGCACUUGCCCCCGGAGGACCCCCUGCGCCAGGCCAACCGGCUGCCCAUCCGCGUCCUGAAGAUGCUGAGCGCCCACAGCGGACACCUCCUGCACCCGGAAUACCUGCAGCCCCUCUCCUCCACGCCCAUCAGCCCCAUCGAGCUGGACGCCAAGAAGAGCCCGCUGGCGCUGCUGGCGCAGACCUGCUCGCAGAUCGGCAAGCCGGACCCCCCGCCCGCCUCCAAGCUGAGCUCGGGCUCUUCCAGUGGCCUGUCCGGGGCGGACAAGGAGCCCGGCAGCCGCGCCUCCUCGGGCUCCCUCAAGCAGUUGGGCGACCCCCCCGGCGACGACAAGUCCAGCUUCAAGCCUUACUCCAAAGGCGGCGGCGGGAGCAGCGGCGGCGGCGAGCCGCGCAAAGAGGCCGGGGGCGGCCAGCCGAGCCAAUCCGGCCCGGGCGCCGCCGAGAAGACGGGCUUCCGAGUGCCCAGCGCCGCCUGCCCGCCUUUCCCCCCGCACGGCGCGGCCGCUCCGGCCUCGUCCUCUUCGUCCGCCUCCUCCCCGGGCGGCUCUCGGGGCGGCUCCCCGCAGCAGCCGGAGUGCAAAGGGCCCGACGAGAAGAAAGAGCUGGAGGGGGUCGCCAAGGCCAGUCCGGAGGGCGCCGGGGGCAGCCGGGCGGGCAGCGGUGCCUCGCCGGGCGCGCACGCCGAGGCCUCCUCCGGGCGCAAGUCGGAGCCGUCGGCCCUGGCGGCCUCGGGCCACGUGGCCCCGGUGUCGCCUUAUAAGCCGGGGGGCCACUCGGUCUUCCCGCUGCCGCCCUCCAGCAUCGGCUACCACGGAUCCAUCGUCGGGGCCUACGCCGGCUACCCCUCGCAGUUCAUGCCCAGCCUGGAUCCUUCCAAGGCCGGCCUGGUGGGCAGCCAGUUGCCCGGGGCCUUGGGUCUGCCCGGGAAGCCGCCCAGCUCCAGCCCGCUGACGGGGGCCUCCCCCCCUUCCUUCAUGCAAGGAUUAUGCCGAGACCCCUAUUGCCUCAGCUACCACAGCGCCUCCCACUUGGGCACCGGCAACUGCUCCAGCUGCGUGCAUGACCCGGGCAGCCUGAAAAGCGGAUACCCCUUGGUGUACCCCACGCACCCGCUCCACACCGCCCUCUCCUCCAGCGCCACGCCCAGCCUGCCGGGGCACCCGCUCUACACCUAUGGCUUCAUGCUCCAGAACGACACCCUGCCCCACAUAUGCAACUGGGUGUCUGCCAGCGGACCCUGUGACAAGAGGUUUUCCACCUCGGAGGAACUCCUGGCCCACUUACGGACCCACACCACUCUGCCCGGGGCGGAAAAACUGCUGGCUGGCUACCCUACCUCUGGGCUGAGUUCUGCGGCAUCCUGCCACCUUCACCUCCCGCCCACCGGCCCGGGAAGCCCCAGCUCCUUGCCGGGAUCGCUGUCUUUGAGAAGUCCACACACUUUAGGGCUAAACAGAUACCACCCAUACGGCAAGAGCCAUUUGCCCACGGCCGGGGCAUUGCAGGUGCCCUCUUUGCCCACGGCUGGACCUUACUAUUCUCCGUAUGCCCUAUAUGGCCAAAGACUAACUUCAGCCUCUGCACUUGGAUAUCAGUAACUAAAGCACAUCUCCCUGCCCCUGUCUUGUGACCUCUCUUGCCCCUUGCCCUGGACUAUAUAUUUAUUGACUGUAUGUUAGCUUAAAGCUGGGAAUAUAAGUGCAUUAAUACACCAAUGAAUCAAUGGUAUGCAAAAAGUCUGUGUUUCCCCACACCACAAAAAAAAAUCCUUUAUUUUUUGCAGGUGUUGGGGCUCUUCUUAAUUUUCUUUUUAAAUCCCCCUUUAAUUUCUUUACGAUUCUCCUGCCCUAGUGCCCUUUUGCAUGAUUCUCGACAGCAGCAGCAACGACAACAACAGAAAUGUGUUUCUUCUUCCUCCCCUUCCCUUUGUUUUAUCUUUUUUAAAAAAAAAUCAGUUUCUCUUCCUUUUGUACAGUUACUAGAAAUGUAAUCCCCCCCUUUUGUGUAUUGUGUUUGGAGGAAGGGGCGGCGAGAGAUUGGCUAGGGAUGGUUUCGGCUUUGUUUGGUUUGCAGAAUCGGAAGGUGGGUUUGCUUUGCUGGGUAUCCCUAGCUGCUGUGUGCCAUCUCCUGGGGGAGUCCGAGGGAGGAGCCUAGCUCCGCCAGCAGCUUGGCUAAAACUACUGUUCUUUGUAGACAGGAUCCUUCCCUACACGGCUCUGCGUCCUCAGAGCUAGCGGGUGCCCCUAUAUAGACAGUAUUGGCCCGCAAACCCAGCGGGCACUUGGAUUGUUGCUGUUACAGAGAGGCCCAGGAAGAGUGGGAAGCAAAGACAGUACCACAGGGGCACCUCUCAAGGUUUUUUUCCCUUUCAAAGACCUGGAUUUAAAUGAAAUUGGCAUAUUCGAAUGACUGGAAUAGAGCAACUUUUUUUCACAAGCGCCAAAUGGAGAACUCAGAAGAACUUUGCUCAGUAUAGGAGAAGCUGGAGCAUGUAAGUGAGUCCAGCUCACCUAGGGGGCCAUUGGACCCUCCUCUAGAGGCUCAAAUCUACAUACCAAAAAAAACCCUCACACAAGCCCUCCCUAAUCCCCCCCCCCCAGUUACUCUUGCCCUAUAGGAAUGGAACAGAUAUUAGGGUGAGGAGCUUGCCCCCCCCCACCCCCCCAUCCCCAGUCUGGAAGGCUGUGGAUCAUUUUGGGUGACUAGAGCUCCAUUCCGGUAAGUCUUAUUUUGUUAAUAAAUGAAUACUUGGCUAUA